AUGGAAGCAUGCUUGUUUGACGUUCAAUCAUUAGUAAAAGCGAUUCAGAGCCUACAGUUAAGUAAGGCUAACAAAAAAAAUGGAGAGGGGCAAUUUUUGACAUGCAUAAUUUCAGCACAGGGAAUAAAAUUGAGUAAUAGUACUUUAAGUAAAGACGUUUAUUGCUGCUCUUGGCUUAAAAAAGAUGUUUUUAAAAAAUAUGUAUAUGCGGCAAAUGGAACAAAUUGUUUACGCUUUGAGAUAUGUUUAGGUACAAUUUUAAAUUGUAUUCAAGUUUUUGGAUUAGAUGCCAAAAUGGUUAUACUAACUUUUGAUAAUGUUAGCUUACAUUUAAGCAUUACCGAUGACGAUGGCGCUGUAACUGAUUGUAGCCUCUGUACUUAUAAUAUAUCUGAUGAAACUGAGGAAUUGCAUUAUUUGAACUUUUUAGAUUAUAGAAAUGCUGCAAUUUUAGAAUUGGAUUAUGUGAUAAUGUUCCCAAUCAUAUUAAAGGAACUAUUAAAAGAUCUUUGUGAUGUCGGAAGGCCUGAGAGCAAGAUAAAGAUUGCAUUUUAUCCUCAGAAUCAAGCAAAGCCUUGUAUUCUAUCUUUCUCGUGCUCUGUUGAAGGCGAAGAGUGUAUAUGGGAAUUUUCAGAUGAUCAUAAUGUUUUUGCUGGGUGUAAAAUUCUUCAAAAUAAUUAUUACUUUUAUUCUCUUAGGUCAUUAUCUCAGCUUGAAAAGUCUCUAAGCGUUUGCUCGCUUUUAAGAAUUAAGGUCGGAAACAAUGGUUUAUUGUAUUUGCAGAUGGUAAUUAAAAAUGAUCCAAACAGUACGAUUAAAGGAAGCAUUUACAAUUUAAGUACAGAAGAAUGCAAUUCAGAAUCUGAAGAUAAAAUUAGUCAGCAAGUAUUCAAUACUGAGUUUAUUAUUUCUCCUAUAAACUGUUCGAUAUGA